AUGGCCCUCGUCGCCCUCCCUCUCCUCGUCAUGGCGUCGGCGGUCGGAGCCAUCCCUGCGACGGUGGCGGCGUCGCAGGCCGCCGACGCGCUGCUGGAGUGGAAGGCCAGCCUGGCCAACGUGACAGCGCUGUCCGGCUGGACGCGCGCCGCGCCGGUCUGCGCCUGGAAUGGCGUUGCCUGCGACGACGCCGUCCGGGUCGCCUCGCUCCGGCUCCGGAGCUUCGGGCUCAGGGGCACCCUCGAUGCGCUCGACUUCCAGGCGCUGCCGGCGCUCCGCGAGCUCGACCUCAACGGGAAUGGCUUCACCGGUGCCAUCCCCGCCAGCAUCUCCUGGCUACGCUCCCUCGCCUCGCUUGACCUCGGCAACAAUGGGUUCGACGGCUCCAUCCCGCCGCAGCUCGGCGACCUCUCCGGCCUCGUCGACCUCCGCCUCUACAGCAACCACCUCAACGGCAGCUUCCCGGAGUUCGUCCUCAACAACGGCAACAUCACCUACCUCGCGCUGUCGAACAACAAUUUCUCCGGACCAAUACCGGACACGCUUCCGGAGAAGCUCCCAAACCUGACGUACCUCAACCUAUCCAGCAAUUCGUUCUCCGGCCGGAUUCCCGCGUCGCUCGGGAGGUUGACGAAGCUCCAGGGCCUGCGGAUUAGCUCCAACCUUCUCACCGGUGGCAUCCCGGAGUCCCUCGGGUCUCUGCCGGAGCUGGUGGCUCUUGACCUCGGAUCCAACCCUCUCGGCGGGCCUAUUCCGGCAGCUGUUGGCCGGCUCAAGAUGUUGCAGUGGCUCGACCUCAGCAACGCCGGGCUUGUUUCAACUCUGCCGUCGCAGCUAGGCAAUCUUGAAAAUCUCGCCUAUCUGGAUCUGUCCUCGAACAAGCUCUCCGGUGGCUUGCCGCCGGCGUUCGCCGGGAUGCAGGCGAUACGGGAUUUCGCAAUCGUAAAAAACAAACUCAACGGCGAUAUCCCGCCGGCGAUUUUCGUAGGCUGGACGAAGCUCGUACUCUUCGACGUGCGUAGCAACAUGCUCACAGGCAGCAUUCCUCCAGAGGUCGGGAAGGCAAGGGAACUGCAAUUUCUGUCCAUGGGUGGCAACAGAUUAUCAGGGGGCAUUCCGGCGACUCUGGGGAGUGCGGCAAGCUUGGUGUUUCUUGAUUUGUCAGAUAAUGAUCUGACAGGAGGCAUUCCGGCGGCUAUGGGGAGCUUGAAAAGCUUGACGUAUAUUGAUUUGUCAGCGAAUCAUCUGACAGGAGGCAUUCCAUCUGAGUUGGUUCAUCUCAGCAAUCUGGGACUCCUCAACCUGAGCUAUAAUCACAUUUCGGGGCCGAUUCUAGGAAAUCUGGGCAAUAAUUUCAAGCUGCAGGGAGUCGAUUCGUCAGGGAAUUCCUCCAACAAUAGCUCCGGCUCGGCAAUUUGUGGGUUGCUCUCCCUCUUGGUUCUGGACCUGUCAAACAACAAGCUCACUGGUAAGUUGCCCGACUGCUGGUGGAAUAAGAAGCAGCUGCAGUUCAUGGACCUUUCCAACAACAAGUUCUCAGGUGAAAUCCCUCCAGCCCAGACGAGCCACAAUUGUUCUCUUGAAUCGGUUCAUCUUGCCGGCAACGGCUUCACCGGUGUUUUUCCAUCGGCGCUAGAUGGGUGCAGUACACUGGUCACUCUAGAUAUUGGGAAUAACAAGUUCUCUGGGGACAUUCCUCCUUGGAUUGGGAAAGGCCUUCCAUCUUUGAAGAUUCUUAGCCUCAAAUCAAACAACUUCACUGGUGGAAUCCCUUCGGAGUUAUCGCAUCUUUCUCAACUUCAACUGCUAGACAUGACCAACAAUGGUUUGACAGGAUCAAUUCCCAAAUCCUUUGGCAACUUAGCUUCCAUGAAGUAUCCCAAAAUUAUAUCUAGUCUGGGAUCAAUAAAGGGGUCUAUUUACCAGGACAGAAUUGAUAUAAUGUGGAAGGGGCAGGAGCUAAUUUUCCAAAAGACUCUUCAAUUAAUGACGGGUAUCGAUUUGUCAGGUAACUCAUUAUCUGAAUGCAUCCCUGAUGAACUAACGAACCUCCAAGGCCUCCGAUUUCUGAACUUGUCAAGAAACCAUCUGUCAUGUACCAUACCAAAAAACAUUGGUAGUUUGAAAAAUCUCGAGUCCCUUGAUCUCUCGGCCAACGAACUUUCAGGGUCCAUUCCUCCAAGCCUUGACGGUAUAUCUACCCUUGGCACUCUGAAUCUAUCGUAUAAUCAUUUAUCAGGCAAGAUACCCAUCGGGAAUCAACUUCAAACCUUCAUUGACCCAUCGAUCUACAGCAAUAAUUCGGGGUUAUGUGGCUUUCCAUUGAAGAUAUCUUGCACAAAUGCAUCACUAGCUUCAGAUGAGAGAGGUUGUAGAACAUGUGAGGACCAGUAUUUCUACUAUUGUGUGAUGGCUGGAGUCGUUUUCGGGUUUUGGCUAUGGUUUGGAGUGUUGUUUUCCAUCGGGACCUGGAGGUAUGCUGUUUUCGGUUUUGUUGAUGGCAUGCAAUGUAAGUUUAUGCAGAAAUUGUCCUCUAUUGAUCAAUUUAUGUUAAGGGGAAAUAGUGAUCAGUAUUUGUAGCUGUGUUUCCUUACUGUACCAUCUAAAGAAGAAGCUUGGUUAGUUGUUCUCUAAUAGGCACCUAAGGACAACAGGGUGUUGACUCCGGUGCAUUUAAUUGGUAGUAUAAUGUUAUCUGUACCGUUGAUUUAUUUUUAUCUGACGACUUUGAUUAAAUUAUAUUACUAAUAAUAUUAGAUGUAGUAGAAA